AUGGCCCUCAACGGCGUCCGCGUCCUCGAGUUCCAGGGCAUCGGCCCAGCGCCCUUCGCGACAAUGGUGCUGGCCGACUAUGGCGCCGAGGUCAUCCGAAUCGACCGCAAGCCCGGGGUGAGCCGCGACGUCACCUCGCGUGGGAAGAAGAGCGUCGUCGUCGACCUCAAGGACUCGGCAGGCAAGGUGGUCAUCCGUAACAUGAUCAAGCACUCGGACGUGCUCAUCGACCCGUACCGCCCCGGCGUGAUGGAGAAGCUGGGCUUUGGACCAGAAGAGUGUGCCAAGAUCAACCCCCGGCUCAUCUUUGCGCGCAUGGUCGGCUUCUCCCCCACCUCGCCGUAUGGUAAGAUGGCGGGCCACGACCUCAACUAUAUCGCUGUGAGCGGGGUGUUGGACAUGAUUCGCAGCAAGACUGGCGAGCCGACGCCGCCUAUGAAUAUCCUCGGCGACUUUGCCGGCGGCGGUAUCAUGCUCGUUCAGGGCAUCCUGCUUGCGCUGCUCGAGCGCUCGUCGUCGGGUAAGGGCCAGGUCGUCAAGACCGACAUGGUAAAUGGCGCGCGCUACAUCUCGUCGUUCCCGCUUCUGUUCGCCCACCCGGCCAACACGAACGGCUCGGUCGGAUGGCAUGAACCCCCGGGAAACAACACGCUCGAUGGCGGGUGCCCGUUCUACAACGUCUACAAGUGCCGCGACGGCGGGUACAUGACUGUCGGCUGCCUCGAGCCCCAGUUCUUCGCCGAGUUCUCACGCCUCAUCCGCCCCUUCUUGCAGGGCGACGAGGAGAUCGAGGCCCUCGACUCGCGCAACCAGAUGAACCAGGAAACAUGGGGCACGAUGCGCCUUGCACUCACGCGCGUGUUCCUCACCAACGACCGCGACGAGUGGGCACUCCUAUUCCACGGCACGGACUCAUGCGCUGUCCCCGUCCUCACCAAGCACGAGGUUACGCAGGACCAGCUGGGCGGUGCAAAGUACGCCCAGCCUGUGCCCGAGGGUAACAUGUACCCGCCUGUUCCCCACCCCAACCUCGAGCGCACACCCGCCAUCCCACCCCCAGCGUACACGGACCCCAACGAGUUCUAUGUUCCCGCUGGCUCGGGUGUCGACGACGUCCUUCAGGCGUUUGGGAGCUCGUUGUCGGCCGACGAUGUCAAGUACAUCCGCAGAGCCAACGGUGACGCGAAGCUCUAG